AUGUUAACGAAAAACGCUUAUGAAGAAAUUGAUGAAGCACAAGAAGAUCACUAUCAGACAAGUGGACGAAUUGAAUUACCAGCCAGUACAAAUAUCAAAUUGAGUGAAAACGAACAAUUCGAACACAUAGAAAUGGUGGGAGUUGCACGACGUUCGAUCGAUGUUGUCACAGAGCCAAUAGUCAAAAAUGAGCGUUUGGUAGAGAACGUCUUUGGUAAACUGAAACUAACAAAUUGGAGCAUGUUUGACACCAAUGAUAAUGAAUCUAAUCCAAUCAGGGGUUAUGCUAGUCAGCCUGUAUUGCCGCUUUCGAAAGCAUGCGAUCCACUGAAAGAUAUUCUGUACGAUUUGUCAUAUUAUGUUGAUCUGGCAUUACAAGAAACACCGGAACAGCCACCAGAUGGAUUAACUGUCGAUGAAAGUGCUGCGAUUCGUCUUUACACAAUCGAAUGGAACGCACCGCAUCAAAGUCUUUAUUCGAUGCUCAACACCAAUUUGAAAAAAGCUAAUCGUGAAGAUCUUUUACCCUAUUCCAAGUACCUUAAACUAUUCAUCAGUGCUUUAGCUAAAUUGCCAUGUGUUCCAUCUUUGACUGUCUGGCGAGGCGUGACCAAAGAUCUGACAGCUGAUUUUCCACCAGGUACUCGAGUGACAUGGUGGUCAUUCUCUUCAUGUACAACCGAAAUGACUGUACUGGAGAAUAAUAUGUAUUUGGGUCGUGAAGGUGAUCGAACACUUUUCUCAGUCGAAGCCAUCAAUGGUCGAUCGAUACGAGAUCAUUCACAUUUUGUUACUGAAGAUGAAAUUCUUCUUCUUCCUGGUACACAUAUGAUUGUUCAAUCACAACUUAGUCCAGCAUCCAAUCUUUACAUCAUUCAUCUGAAACAAGUGAAACCCGACAACGAACUAUUAGAACUACCAUUCGAAGGUGCGCAUCUCUUUCCCAAAGAAAAACAUCCUUGGUACUGGAAGAAAAGAUUCACCAUUCCAAUUCUUCUGUUGAUACUUCUAAUCAUUGCAGGCAUAGUUCUUGGUGCUGUUCUAGGCACAAGAACAGUUUCAACCAUCACUCUUAAACCAUGCAACAAUCCAUUGCAGUCAUUUGAUUAUAUCACAAUUGGACGACAUCCAUCUUCUGUCGUACUGGGCCAUUUCAGAAAUAACACUUAUAUGGAUGCAGCAAUAACACUUGCCGAUGAAAAUGGUGUCAUUAUCCUUCUAGGUGAUCCAACGGAUAUUCUUCGUACUUCUAAGAUCGCCACGGGCGUGUUGCCAAUGUUUAUUAUAGCAGCUGAUUUUAAUAAUGAUACCAUCCAAGAUCUCGCAUUCGUCAAUAAUGGUGAUGACACGGUCACCAUAGCAUUAGGUGUAGGAAAUGGACUUUUCCCAAAAAAGAAAACCUACUCAGUGGGUCCUUCACCUUCCUGUGUGUUAUCAGCUGAUUUUAACAAAGACAAAAAAUUAGAUUUGAUCAUAGUGAGCCAAGAUACGAAUACCGUUGGCGUGCUACUUGGUGAUGGAUUGGGAGGGUUUAAAGCUUCAACGAACAAUUCAGUUGGUUAUUUUCCAUCGAUUAUAAUAUCAGCCGAUUUUAAUCACGAUAGCAACUUAGAUUUAGCAGUUACCAAUACUUUUGAUAAUACUCUCAGUGUGUUGCUGGGCAAUGGUGAUGGAACUUUUCAGACUCACGUCACUUAUUCCACGGGCUCGUCGCCAAUAUCUCUCUUAUCGGCUGAUUUCAAUAACGAUAAUAAUCUGGACAUAGCUGUAACGAAUAGUAAGAACAGUUCGAUCAGUAUUUUACUUGGCAUGCGAAAUGGAACCUUUCAUCAACAAGUGAUGUUUGUAACAGGUUCUGAUCCUAUUUCGAUUGGGGCCGCUGAUUUUAAUAAUGACAAUAAUACGGAUUUGGUAGUAGUGAAUGGCGAUGAAAAUACUGUCAGUACUCUGUUUGGCUCUGGAGACGGAAGUUUUCACACUCAAAUUAAGUAUGCAACUGGUGACCAUCCGGUGUAUUUGAUGGUCGGUGAUUUCAAUAACGAUGGUAGCAUAGAUCUAGCAGUUCUUAACAACGGAGAUGCUACUGCGAGUAUGUUUUUCGGUCAGGCGAACGGAACUUUGACAUUUAUACAAGCAUACAGUACUGGUAACUCUCCAGUUCUUUUCGCUGUUGCUGAUUUCAAUAGUGACAGUAGAUUAGAUUUCGCUGUCGUCGAACAAAGCGACAGUACUAUCAGUGUAUUGCUCGGUAAGGGACGUGGAGUAUUUCAGAUUGCACUCAAUUAUACUGUUGGCAGAAAUCCAUCCUCGGUCAUCUCAGUCGAUUUGAAUAAUGACAACAAACAGGAUUUAGUUACAGUCAGUGGUAAUGGCAGUACUCUCAGUAUACUCUACGGACGUGGUGACGGAUUUUUCAACCCACCUGUGAACCUUACAGUUGGUAGUGCACCAACUGCUGCUAUAUCAGUGGAUCUCAAUAAAGACGGGCACAUGGAUCUCGCAGUGGCAGACAAAGGCGAGAAUACUGUUUGCAUACUUCUGAACAAUGGUAAUAAGACUUUCUAUACGUUCCUGAAUUAUACAGUUGGUAAUUGGCCAUCUUCUCUCAUAGCAUCGGAUUUUAAUAGCGAUGAAAAACUAGAUUUGGCUGUGACUAGCAAGGAAGAAAAUAUCGUUAGUGUAAUACUGAAUAAAGGGGACAAUACUUUUCAUUCCGAAAUUAAUUAUGCAGUGGGUAAAUCACCGUCCUGUGUCGUAUCAGCUGAUUUAAAUAAAGAUUCCCAUGAGGAUUUAAUAGUAACUAAUUAUGGUCAAAAUACGAUCAGCAUCCUAUUCAAUGAUGGCACUGCAACUUUUCACGCUGCAAAAACUUUUACUGUUGGCAGAUAUCCAGUAUCUGUAGUAGCAACUGACUUCAAUAAUGAUCAAUGUAUGGAUUUAGCAGUGGCAAACAGUGGUAGCAAUAGUGCAAGUAUUCUACUGGGUAAUUGUGAUGGAACCUUCCUACCUCAAAUAAAAUAUACAUCGGGAAUCGUUCCGACGUGUCUAGCAUCAGGCGACUUAAACAAUGACCAGCGACCGGAUCUUAUUGUGACAAACGGCAAAUCGAAUGACGCAUAUAUUUUUCUGAAUACUUCUGCAGAUGGUCAUACUUACGAACGAGAAAAUAUUACGCAAUGGUUACAAGAGAACGGAACUAGUCCAUUGACGAACGAAUCAAUGGAUAUUGCUACAUUACGGCCUAAUCAUACUGUAAAGAAAAUGGUCGACGAAUUUACAGAUACAUCUCAGACACUGCAUGGUCAGCAUAGAUUUGAACUCAAUGUUGACAUAAAGAAAAGUAGACCGAAACCCUUAUUCCAAGGAUUUGGCAAAUGUAUAUAUGAAGUCGAAUGGAUAAAUAUCGAAGGGCCACCUGUUGUACUAUUAAGAAUCGAUGGCGCUAAAGCAAGUCGUGAAGCUUCGUUUUAUGUUCAACUAAGUUGUCAUCCACAUAUUGUACGCACCUUUGGACUUGUUAAAAGCAAUCCAGACACAGCUAUGCUGUUACAAGAAAAUGCUCCUGAUGGAGAUCUAUUUGAGUUAUUGCGAGACGGGCAGUUUCGGCCGAGUACGGCAGUCUUUUUAGAGAUUUUCCUACAAAUUACAGAUGCCAUGAUCUGCCUCGCGGACAAUAACAUUGUACAUGGUGAUCUAGCUUGUCGGAAUAUACUUGUAUUCAGGUGGAAUUCGUCAGAUCCGAAAGAAAAUCUCGUCAAAUUGACUGAUUUUGGAUUAACUCGAGCCAGUCACAUUUUCUCUGUUGUUGAGAUUGCAACGGCGUCAACCAUGAAUAUCAUUCCAAUUCGUUAUGCAGCUCCCGAAAUCCUUAGAGAUCCAGACAGAUUAGCGUAUUCUGAAAAAUCCGAUAUAUAUUCUAUGGGCAUACUUAUGUGGGAAGCUUGUUCGUACGGUACACAACCUUAUCUAUCGGUGCGCAAUGAGAAUGACAUUCGAAGACGGAAACUGAAUGAUGAACGACUUCCACAGCCGGAAUCGUGUGACGAUGAACUUUGGACUAUCAUUAACGAAUGCUGGAGUCUAGAACCACAGGAUCGACCAGAUUUUCGAUCUUUAAAAGAAUCUCUACUAACUUUGAAGUAUGAAUGGANUUUUUAUUGUCGAUAUGCGAAAUAUUGA